AGAGAGCGCCGGCGCUCGCGUACCGGGUCCCCCUCCGGCCGGGGCAGCCUCCCGGGCGCCCGCCGCCGUGGUGGCAGGAAGUCCCCGGGAACUACAAAUCGAGGCAUGCUGGGAACAUUCCCCUGCUCCUCCCAGGAAAUGUCCUUUGUCCAGCCCUACAGGAAGCCCCAGUGAGGAGUCAGCCGGGCGGGCGGCCAGUCUGCCAGCCAAGCCCGCGGCCGCAGCCGCCGCAGCACAAGGGCAGACGCGCCGCGCGCGGGGCUCCGGCCGGGGCGCGCGCUGCCCUCGCUCCUCGCCGCGCAGGGGUCCCUGGUCCCGUCCCUUGUCCUGUUCUUCCCGGAUGGAACAAGAAGAUAAACAGGGUGUGUGUGAAGCCCAGGACUCAGAAGACGAGGGGAUGGGCUCUGAUUUUGAGAACUCUGAAGACAGGGAACGGGACCCAGAAGAAACGGGAAUGGGCUCUAAUCCACAGGAUGCACUCAAGAGACAAGACCACCCAGAGCCAAAGAUGGGCUCCAACCCACAGGACGCAGCUCUAGGAAGGGACCCAGAGGAGAGGGAACUGGUGUCUGACAUCUGCCCAGAGGGGCUGCUGAGUGAGGAAGAAGGGGCUGCUCUCCGCGAGGAAGAAGAUUACCCAUCUGGUGUAGCUGAGAUGGCGAUGUUCCCGGGACUGUCUGAAUCGGACAGCAUUUCCCGCAGCCCCCGGGAAGAGGAGGAGGAGGAGGAGGAGGAGAGCGCUGGGGAGAACCCGCUAGACGAAGAGGAGCAGCCGCCCCCUCCCAUGCUUCCCUGGCGGCGGCACCUCUCCCUGGGGAGUCGGCAACGGAGCGACAAGCCUGCCCACCGCCGCUUCCGCCGGCUCCACCAUCCCAUGGCCAUGGACCUCGGGGAGCUCGACAGCCUGAUGGCCAGCAUCAUGGACGCGCCCACCAUCUGCCCCGACUGUGGCGAGAGCUUCAGCCCCGGCGCCGCCUUCCUGCAGCACCAGCGCAUCCACCGCCUGGCCGAGGCCGCCGCCGCCGCCAGCCUGGAGCCCUUCGGCUUCGCGGGCGAGUGCGGCGCGGUAGUGGGGAUGGUGGGCGUGGGCGUGGCGGGGGGCUUUGGGGCGGGGCCCGCGCUGGCCCGGCCCCCGCGCGAGAAGCCCUUCCGCUGCGGGGAGUGCGGCAAGGGCUUCAGCCGCAACACCUACCUGACCAAUCACCUGCGCCUGCACACGGGCGAGCGGCCCAACCUGUGCGCCGACUGCGGCAAGAGCUUCAGCUGGCGCGCCGACCUGCUCAAGCACCGGCGCCUGCACACGGGCGAGAAGCCCUACCCCUGCCCCGAGUGCGGCGAGGCCUUCAGCCUCAGCUCGCACCUGCUGAGCCACCGCCGCGCGCACGCGGCGGCCAGCGGCGCGGGGGCGGCGGCGCUGCGGCCCUUCGCCUGCGGCGAGUGCGGCAAGGGCUUCGUGCGCCGCUCGCACCUGGCCAACCACCAGCGCAUCCACACGGGCGAGAAGCCGCACGGCUGCGGCGAGUGCGGCAAGCGCUUCAGCUGGCGCUCGGACCUGGUGAAGCACCAGCGCGUGCACACGGGCGAGAAGCCCUACAUGUGCUCCGAAUGCGGCGAGACCUUCAGCGUCAGCUCGCACCUCUUCACGCACAAGCGCACGCACUCGGGCGAGCGGCCCUAUGUGUGCCGCGAGUGCGGCAAGGGCUUCGGGCGCAACUCGCACCUGGUGAACCACCUGCGCGUGCACACGGGCGAGAAGCCCUUCCGCUGCGGCCAGUGCGAGAAGCGAUUCAGCGACUUCUCGACGCUCACGCAGCACCAGCGCACGCACACGGGCGAGAAGCCCUACACGUGCAUCGAGUGCGGCAAGAGCUUCAUCCAGAGCUCGCACCUGAUCCGCCACCGCCGCAUCCACACCGGCAACAAGCCGCACAAGUGUGCGGGCUGCGGCAAGGGCUUCCGCUACAAAACGCACCUCGCGCAACACCAGAAGCUGCACCUGUGUUAGGGCUGGGCCGCAGGGAGGCUGCCCUGGGGCUGGGGUGGGGGGAGCA